UGCUCUGGUUAAGUACACUACGGUACAAAUAUUCAUGCUACGUAUUUACAAUUGCUUAUGGCCACCGAUCCACGUUGUAUGGUAUUUUUGGUUACUUCCAGAAGGACCUGUUCAUGGUUGUAACCACUUCUUGUGUGAUAAUGUCGGCAAUUGUAAAAGUUGAAAUUAAACAAGAAGAUGAAAUAAUUGCAUGUGUGGAUGACAAAGUUUUACUUGGCAACGAUGUGACCAUAACAAUCAAGCAUGAAGUAAAUGAAAGUAUGAUUAAUGCGGGAUAUUCUAAUGCUAUAUGCAAUUGGAAAGAUGAAAAUAAGGUCCCGCAGAAAAAUGAAUUAGUAGUUGAACAUUCUGAAGAUGUAUCAUAUGGUGAGCGACCGCAAAUUGUUUCAAAUUUUAAUUGUUCCGAGUGUGAUUUUGCAAGUAAGUAUAAAUCCAGUUUGCGAACACAUUUACGAAGACACAAGACUACCAAGGAGUUGAAAUGUUCUCAUUGUGAUUAUGUAACCAAUAUCAAAUUCAUUUUUAAAAAUCAUCUGUUAAGACACAAGACUGCCAAGGAUUUAAAAUGUGCCCAGUGUGAUUAUGCAACCCAUAACAAAUUCAGUUUUAAAAAUCAUCUGUUAAGACACAAGACUGUCAUGGAUUUCAAAUGUGCGCAGUGUGAUUAUGCAACCAAUUACAAAUCCCGGUUGCAAUUACAUCUGUUAAGACACAAAACCGUCAAGGAUUUUAAAUGUAUACAGUGUGAUUUUGCAACCAAUAACAAAUUCCAUUUUAAAAGACAUCUGCUAACACAUAAGACUGUCAAGGAUUUGAAAUGUUUUCAUUGUGAUUAUGCAACCAAUAACAACUGCAAUUUUAAAAAGCAUCUGUUAAGACACAAAACUGCCAAGGAUUUCAAAUGCUCUCAUUGUGAUUAUGCAACCAACCUCAAAUUCAGUUUAAAAAAUCAUCUGCUGAGACACACGACUGCCAAGGACAUCAAAUGUGCACAGUGUGAUUAUGCGACCCAUAACAAAUACAUUUUAAAAAGGCAUCUGUUGAGACAUAAGACAGCCACGGAUUACAAAUGUGCACAAUGUGAUUAUGCAACCAAUUUCAAAUACCAUCUUAAAUUGCAUCUGUUACGACACAAAACUAUCAAGGAUUUAAAAUGUGCACAGUGUGAUUAUGCAACCCAUAAUAAAUUCAAUUUUAAAAAUCAUUUGGUAAAACACAUGAUUGUGAAUGAUUUAAAAUGUGCACAGUGUGAUUUUGCAACCAAUAACAAAUUCAGUUUUAAAAAUCAUCUGUUAUGACACAAACCUGUCAUGGAUUUUAAGUGUGCACAGUGUGAUUAUGAAACCAAUAACAAAUCGAAUCUUCAAAUACAUCUGUUAAGACAUAAGACUGCCAAGGAUUUAAAAUGUACACAGUGUGAUUAUGCAACCAAUAAUAAAUCACACUUUAAGGGCCAUCUUUUAACACACAAAGCUGCCAAGGAUAUCAAAUGUGCACAGUGUGAUUAUGCUACUCAUAACAAAUUCUGUUUUAAAAAACAUCUGUUACGACACAAGACCAAGGAUUUUAAAUGUGCACAGUGUGAUUAUGCAACGCAUAACAAAUCCCAUCUUAAAAUACAUUUGUUAAAACACAAGACUGUCAAGGAUUUUAAAUGUGCACAGUGUGAUUAUGCAACCAAUCACAAAUACCAUUUACAAGUACAUCUGUUAACCCACAAGACUGCCAAGGAUUUGGAAUGUGCAUACUGUGAUUAUGCAACAAAUAUCAAAUCCAAUUUUAAGAAACAUCUGUUAACACACAAGGUCCCCAAGGAUUUUAAAUGUCGGCAGCCCAACCAACAUUAAAACUCAUUUUAGGAUAUGUGGUGAAGGAUAAUGUUGUCAUUGUGUUUAUGUAACCAAUAAUAAAACAUACUGAAUGUGUCCAGACACAAGAUUUCUAAGGAAAUACAAGGAUUUCCUUCUCUAAGGGAAAUACAUCAUCUA